AGAGAAGACUGUCUCUUUCCCGGCCAUCUUGUGGCAGCAAACAGCGAGCUAUUCGCUCCAAGCCUCGUAGAAUCGGAGGAAAAUCCCGUUGAAGGGGCGCCAUCAUGCCCGGACAUAUGCAAGAAGGCUUCGGCUGCGUCGUAACCAAUCGGUUCGACCAACUAUUAGACGACGAGGCCGACCCGUUUGAGGUUUUAAAGGCGGCCGAAAACAAGAAGAAGGACGGGGCCGCCACUGGCACCACCAAGACCGCUGCACAAGCCGCCAAGCAACCGAAAAAGGAGUCCCAGAAGGACAGGAAGAACCCACUGCUCGACAAGAAGGAAGAAACACAGGCGGCCCCCGUGCCACUUAAAAAAGAAGGUAUCAGGAGAGUUGGACGAAGGCCUGACCAGCAGGGACAGUCGGGGUUCCAGCAGCAGGGCCCCCCUCCUGCUGCUCAGCAGCAUGCAGGUCAGGGAGAGGGCCGGCCUGGAGAGAGGAGACCAGACAGGAGGCCGCCUCGCGAGCGUCGCUUUGACAGGCCUGUUGAAGAGAAGCCUGAGGGUGGAGAGUUCUCUGUGGAGAAAUCUGUAGUGGAAAGGCCUCUCCGAGGGCGUGGUGGUGGCAGAGGGGGACGUGGUGGCCGUGGACGUGGAUUGGGCAGAACUGAUGGCUUUGACUCCCGUGGCAAACGUGAAUUCGACAGACACAGUGGAAGCGACCGAUUCAGCCUGAAACCCGAAGAAAAGCGUGGCGGGAGUGGAUCUCACAACUGGGGAACUGUCAAGGACGAGUUGACCGAGCUAGAUCAAUCCAAUGUGACUGAAGAAACUCCUGAAGGAGAGGAACACCCUGUGGCUGACUCUGAAAACAAGGAAAAUGAGGCUGAGGAGGUGAAAGAGGAAGGCCCUAAGGAGAUGACUUUGGAUGAAUGGAAGGCCAUGCAGGACAAGGAACGCGCAAAGGUUGAAUUCAACAUCCGCAAACCCAACGAGGGUGCUGACAGUCAGUGGAAGAAGGGAUACGUUUUGCACAAGUCUAAGAGUGAAGAUAGACCAGUUGGUACUCUUAUUGACGCUGUGGAGAUCGAACAGGCUGAAGCAAAUGCCUUCUACCAAAAGGCUGAUGACGGCUCGGAAUUCCACUUCCGGAAACCAGCCAAUGACAUCACGUCCCAGCUGGAGAUUAACUUUGGAGAUCUGGGCCGUCCUGGCCGUGGCCGCGGGGGACCCCGUGGUGGGCGUGGGGGUCGUGGCAGCAGUGGUAGUGACCGUGGCGGGGACCGCAGACCAGUCCGUGGGGGCAGGGCUGAUAAGCCUGGUGGCAUCUCUGUUCCUAAUGUGGAUGACCCAGAGGCCUUCCCAGCUCUGGCUUAAUUAGAAGUUGUCAGCCGACCCUUAACCCUUCGGGCCCUCCUCUACGAGGCUUGCAUGCUUGUGGAUCCUUUUCCAACUAUAAUAAAAAUGAAGACUGUCAUCCAUACCAUUCACACCUGAGGACUGAAAUUUUAUCUGUUCAAAAAAGAAAAAAGGACUUCUCCUGCUACAAGAAGAAAAAUAUUGAUAGUCGGUUUUGUAUUUGGGAAAUGGUAGCAAGAAUGUUUUCAUAGAGUAAUUUUUUUUCAGAGAUUAUGCAUACUUCAUGAAUACUUUUUGUAUUGCUGCUUGAAAAUAUGCAUUUCCAAACUUGAAAAUAUAGGUGUGAAGAGUGUGAAUCAGUUAGUCAAUGGUGUCCUGUGGCUUGCUUUUUUAUUUUAAUAGACCACAAAUUUUAAACCAAAUCUUCACUAUAAUGCUAGCUCAUUUUAAAAGAAAGAUCUACAAAUGAGGAACCCAUGUUCCAGAAAAUACUCAUGUCUAGGUUCAGUAGUUUGUAGAGAGGUUGGUACCUGGUUUUAAAUGGCUUUUACCAGCUAGAUACAUUCAUAUUCAAUGACACAAUACUACUGAAGAAUUACAGUUGCUCUUGCACUCAUGUUUCCAUGCCCCUGCACUGAAAAUCGGAUGUUUUCUUUUUUUAAUCUUUCAGUAAAACAGGACUUUGUAGAGCUGGUCCUUUUGUUCAUGUAUGUGACUUUUAUUUAAAUUUAACUGAGGGCCAAUGAACUAGCUUGUGUCAACCACUAAAUGCAGUUCCCGCCGUUCACAUUGGAAUGCAUUAGUCUGUUGAAGGUUUGUUUUUCUGGUUGCUCAGUAAAAUUAGUUUAUUGGUGGUCUGAGUACCUUUUGAACCCCAGAAUAAAUAAGCACAAUCUCUGUUACAGUUUUAAGCCACUAGGGAUACGCUAUGAUUUCAAUUGGGAGGAGUUUUCAAAAUCCCUUGGGGCACACCAGCCUUUUUAGAAUGUAUAUUUGCUGUGUUGUGAAAUAUUAGUUAAUUAGCUAAAAUGCCUAAGCCCCAUGAAAUUGGAAAAGUAACCAUUUGGAUAAUACAUUCUUAAAGCCAUUUAAAUUUUAUAUCUUUACUGCAGCACUAUGGCAUAGUUCUGAAAGAAUUACAAGGUAAAUUGCAUGAUUGCUUCAUUGGGAGCCAUGCUUAAUGUACAAAGUGUGUGAAUGCUAACACUGCAAGCAUUUUAUUGUGUUCUGGACUGUAAAGAAAUCCUACGGUAGCACUUCAUACAGUUAGGUAAAACACUAUAAGCAUAAAAUAAGCUUUGUAUUUAGUGUUUGAAGGUCAAGCUUGCUUUGUAUAUACAAUGAGUCUCAAGCAGACUUUCAAUUGGAGAGCUGUUGGGUCCAGAUUAGUUUGGGUUGCUAGAUUCAAUCCCUUUCUGCAAACAUCCCUGUUCUAAUAAAUUGCUUAGAGGUA